AUGAGUCACUAGCUUGAUGAUGUUAUAAACCCCAAUGUUGUUUGCAUAAAUUUUUUUGGUAUAUAUGCAAUUUCUAGCUAUCUCGCUCCGGGCAUCAAAUAGGUCGGGACAGACUCGUGAUCACACUUUGCUUGCAUUCACACUUGGUGUCAAGCAAAUGAUUUGCUGCUGUAACAAGAUGGAUGCUACUGAACCCAAAUACUCACAAACCAGGUUUGACAAAAUUGUCAAAGAAUUGUCUUCCUUCUUUAGGACAGUCGGAUUCAACCCCAAUAAAGUCCCAUUUGUCCCAAUUUCUGGUUUUGAGGGUGAGAACAUGACUGAGAGGUCACCUAACCUAGACUGGUACACGGGUCCAACUCUACUUGAAGCGAUUAACCAGAUCAAUGAGCCAAAAAGACCAUCUGACAGGCCUCUCCGCCUUCCACUUCGUGAUGUCUACAAGAUUGGUGGGAUUGGAAUCGUGCCAGUGGGACGUGUUGUAACUGGUGUUCUCAAGCCAGGUAUGACGGUCACUUUUGGCCCAAUUGGUUUGAGAACCGAAGUCCAAUCAGUGGAAAUGCACCACAAAGCAUUGGCUGAGGCAUUGCCAGGAGACGAUGUUGCUUUCCAUGUUAAGAAUGUUACCAUGAACGAUCUUAAGCGUGGGUAUGUUGCUUCAAACUCUAACGAGGACCCUGCAAAGGGUGCUGCUAGUUUUACUUCUCAUGUCAUUGUCCUGAACCACCCGAGUAAAAUUAAAAAAGGGUAUACACCAAUGAUCCACUGCCAUACUUCUCGCAUUGCUUGUAGAUUUGAUGAACUGUUGACUAAGAUUAACCAGUAUACUUUUGAGGAGUUUGAGCCACUACCCAAGUUCUUGAAAAAUGGUGAUGCUGGAAUGGUGAAGAUGGUUCCAAUAAAGCUGAUGGUGGUUGAGACUUUCUCUGAGUAUCCUCCAUUGGGUCGGUUUGUUGUGAGGGACAUGCAGCAGACUGUUGCUGUGGGCAUGAUCAGGAGUGUGGAUAAGAGGGAUUCAACAGGAUGCUUGUUUGUUUCUUGAAUAACUUGAAACUCUGUUUUAACUAUUUUGUUCUGGUGUUUAUUUUUAACAGGCUUGGUCUUGUGGGUAUGAUGAUUCCGAAUGUCUUUUGGGGUUGCUCACUUGCUUGAUAGUUGAUGUUGU